ACAGCCAGACGGAUCCUGAGGAGCAGGGCCCAUGGACACCUUCAGCACGAAGAGCCUGGCCCUGCAGGCCCAGAAGAAAGUGCUCAGCAAGAUGGCCUCUAAGGCCAUGGUGGCGGUGUUCGCGGACGACACCAGCAGCGAGAUCCUGGACGAACUGUACCAGGCCACCAAGGAGUUCACCCGCAGCCGGAAGGAGGCACAGAGGGUGGUGAAGAACCUGGUGAAGGUGGCCGUGAAGCUGGCCGUGCUGCUGCGGGCAGGUCAGCUGGACGGCGACGAGCUGGCCCAGCUGCGAAGGUUCCAGGGCCGCAUGCACAGCCUGGCCAUGACGGCCCUCAGCUUCCACCAGGUGGACUUCACCUUCGACCGGCGCGUGCUGGCCACGGGGCUGCUGGAGUGCCGGGACCUGCUGCACCAGGCCACCGGCCCUCACCUCACCGCCAAGUCCCACGGCCGCAUCAACCACGUAUUUGGCCACUUUGCCAAUGGUGACUUCCUGGCUGCGCUGUACGGCCCGGCGGAGCCGUAUCGGAGCCACCUGCGCCGCAUCUGCGACGGCCUUGGAAGGAUGUUGGACGAGGGCGGCAUCUGACCUGGCCUGGAGACCUCUCCAGAACAUCAGUGUUUGUCCCAGCUUUGCUCCUUUCUACUUCCGAGAAGCUGUCUUGUAGCCCAGCCUGACCCCAGACUCUACGGGGCCGAGGCUGACCUUGAACUGAUGCUGCUCCUGCUGCCUCCUGAGUGCUGGGGUCACCAGUGUGUUCCACCAUCUCAUUGUCGGGCACUGUCAUUCUUUCAGAUAAGGUCAUGGAGAACAGGGAGUAAAAAUUGUACUCCCCAAGCCCUGCUCCCUGCCCCCCACCAAAUGUUUAUGUUCGUUUCCUAACUCUCAGGGCCUCCCAAUGUGACUCACUUUAGGAAAUGGAGUUCAAGCCCUGGCACCAGUCUAGGGUUGAAGGGAUCCCAGCCUGCCAUGUGGGCUGGGGAUGAGCACACUUCCGUGUUGGGAUCUGGAGGAGACCCCAUCUGGAGACUGCAGGAAGAAACCGUCCCUGAGGUGACUCAGCGGGUCGGGACAGGAGCUCAGUCCCCAAAACCACACAGUGGAAGCAGAGAACCAGUCAGCAAGGAGCGACUGAGCUGGUGGGAAAGCUGGAGUCCUCACUGGGAGGGAGGAGCCUGGGGACCUCAGAAGCUGUCCCCAGCUUCAGCAGGGCAGGGCUGCUGGAGAUACGUGUCUGUUAAAUUAUAAUGCCGUAUUUGGGAAACAAAUCCAUCUUUUCUCUUUGUAUGACAGCCAGGACUUGUAGCCAACCCUGACCACACAUGUAGGAGCAUGAAGCAAUACCUGGCUUAACCUUUGGUCACUAUGAGACAGACUUUUAUCCUGGGAAAGGUGGUCAGGCUUCAGGAACGUGUGCACAGCUGAGGUGUGGGUUAGUUCUCUAGAAUCCCCAGUAAGGGAUCGGGGGCGUGGUCAGAGUGAAGCCCCGCCUAGAAUCCCCAGUGAGGGAUCGGGGGCGUGGCCAGGGUGAAGCCCCGCCUAGAAUCCCCAGUGAGGGGUGGGAUGUGGCCAGGGGUAGCAUGCCCCAGGUGGGAGACCCGACACCAGUGAGGACAGUGCGUCUGCACUUGCUGGCUGGCACGGCGGUUGUGCAAUGCUGCAGAUGUUAAGGUGAUCUGGGAGGUGGGGAGGACACACAACAUCCACAGCUGUGAGUAUUUAGGACAAAGUUUACAACCUGUAUCCUGUGGGGCCUGGCUGGAGGUCACAGAGGCUUUAUUAGUGUUUCAAACGUGGCCGACACAGAGAUUCUAUCAACAACUACUGAUUGUUAAUAUUUGUUGUUUUCAAAACAGUACCUUACCCUAUAGCCCAGACUAGCCUCAGCGUCCCUAGGGCUGGCAUCCCAGCUCCUGCUAGCUCUGAGGCCCCGGCCCACAGGGCAGCAUGAGGUCAGGUUCUGGAAGCCUCCCUCUCACCAUACCACCUCCACAGGGAAACUUGUCUGACUUUAGGCCCUGGGCCAG